CGCAGGCGCGCUGCCGUCUUUCUCUCAGAAGCGCGAUGGCGGCGAGCAGCGUUGCGUCCGCAGCGACUCCCCUCCUGUCUCUGGACCCGGAGCAGCAGCGCGAGUUCCAGGCUGAGGUGCAUCGGGUGCGGAAGGCGGCCGCCAAGAAUCAGAAGGUGAGGCCUGGUGUCGUUUACGUGGGUCACAUACCGAGAGGCCUCUACGAGCCGCAACUCACGCAGUAUUUCCGCCAGUUUGGGACAGUGACUCGCGUUCGUCUUUCGAGGAGUAAAAAGACAGGAGGUAGCAAAGGUUAUGCUUUUGUGGAAUUUGAAUAUGAUGAAAUUGCAAAGAUAGCUGCAGAUACAAUGAACAAUUAUCUCCUCCGUGAAAAACUCUUGAAAUGUGAAUUUAUACCAUCAGAAAAAGUACAUGAAAACCUCUUUAAAGGUUCUGAGCGAAAAUUCAGAAGGCCAACAUAUCCAGCAGUAAAACGCUACAACAGGAAUCGAACAGCACAGGAGAAAGAAAAGAUGGCACAGCGGAUGUUGAAAAAGGAAGGAAAGUUGCGAAAAAGGCUCGCUGAGAAAGGAAUAGAUUAUGAUUUCCCGGGAUUUGCUGCUCAGAUGCCUCUGAUAAAGAAAAAGAAGAUUUCAAAAUCAGUUUCAAACAAGAAAGCAUCAGUGAAUGAUGAAGAUCCCGCCCCAGUGUGUACACCAACAGUUCUUGAAUGCCAAAAAUCUCAGCCAGAAGACAGCGAAGAUGAAGAAAUAAGUUUCAAACUACCACCUGCGGGUAUAAAGUCUGCCCUGCAAAAAAGCAAAAAAGCAAAAUUACAGAGAAAAACAGCUGGAAAGAAAAAAAAAAUGUAAACCAUAACAAUUGGUUUAUCACAAGGGAUUUUUUUUUUAGUACACAAGACGUUUCUCAGUUCUAGGGAAAAGAAGUUUCAGUACAUUUUUCCCCUUUUCUACUGUCAAAUCGACAUCCCGUUCUGGAUAUCUUGCUGAAAUCUUCCAGAUUGACUGCAGUUUGGCAGAAGCAACAUCCUGAAUAUUUUUGUUAUGUAAAAACCCCAGAGUAAUUUUACAGGAUGAGGAGGGCAAGACUAGUGUGGGUCAGCUCUUCCAUCCUCCAGAAAGAAAUAUAUGUAAUGUUGCUUCCUCCGCAUGGCCUGUGCGCUGGUUUAUCAUUGGUUGCAGCAGCUCCCAGACCAGCAUCUCUCACCAGUUCACUGUUCUUCCCAGGGCCUUCCCUUCCCUCAGGUGUCACUAGUGUCCUAAGAAGACACACCCCACUGGCCCAUCUACUCGGUAAGUUGGCUCUCACCACCACCGACCCACCUAAGCUUUGAUAUUUGGACCAAACACUUAGUUCAGCCCUAAACCACCUGAAAGCCACUCUUUUACACAUCCCUACAUCUCAUCAUUAAACGUGGGCUCCACUGCUACAGAAAUAUUUUUAGAUACUGUCUGUUUUGAGGUUUUCAGCCCUGUAAAAUGGAACUACUUGAUAUCAAAGGUAUCAGAAAUGUUGCCGCAGAUGUCUACAGGGAAAGUUUGAACUGUGGGUGGACAUCCAUGAGAAAGGAAAAAUACAGGAUAUUAGAGAAAACCUCAAUCUUCUCUAACUGUGACUCAAAUGCAGAAUAAACUGAAUAAAAAUCAAAAGUCUUGAA